UAUUAUAUCACUUUUAUGGUUCAGUGAUGCUGCACUUUCUCAUGGCUGUAUCCCUUUGGCAUACAGCUGUAGAAGACCCACACCCAUAGAGAGAGAGAGAGAGAGAGAGAGAGAGAGACGAUAAAUGAAAGUGAGCAAGCGGGGGCAAACGAGAAUCCCCUCGCACUCAGUUUUCAUCCUCGUUUUAGGAUCUGGCAGCAGCGAAAGAGAGGAGAGGAGAAGACGAAGAAUCAAAGCCACGUUUAUUCACUCAGCCUCUGUUUGCCAACGCUUCCCUUCAUCAUCACAGCGCCUGCUCAACACAGAGGUGAUGGCUGAGGCGGAUCUCCUCUCCACACCCCAUGAUAUAGAGAUCAGCGAGGUGAGCUGUGACUCGUUCCGGAUCACCUGGGAAACGGCCGCCGAGGACACGUCCCGACUGACGCAUUACUUCAUCGACCUGAGCCGUAAGGAAGGCAGCGAGCCCAACCGCUUCAAGCACAGGGAUGUUCCCACCAAGCUAGUGGCUAAAGCAGGGCCUUUGCCGAUGUCUGUGAGAGGCCACUGGUUCCUGAGCCCUCGGACGGAGUAUUGUGUGGCAGUGCAGACCGCCAUCAGACAGCCUGACGGAGACUAUCAAGUGUCUGAGUGGAGCCAAGUGGUGGAGUUCUGCACCGGGGAUUAUGCCAUGGAUCAUCUCCAGCAGCUGUUAGAUAAAGCUCAGGCCGCUGCCGGGAGGCCGCUCAGGUUCUCCGUGUUUUACCGCAAUCAGAGUCCUGAAUACUUCCAGUACGUGAGAUCAGAGUGUGGAGGAGCAAUGCUCCCAUCUUUCAAAGACAACAGUGGAAGUCACGGCUCGCCGAUCAACGGGAAGCUACGCGGCGUCUUCCUCAGCUGCAACACCGAGUUCGACACCGGCCUCCCUCCGAAAGACUCCCCGUACGGGCCUCUGCGCUUCCAGAUCUCUGCCGAACGUCUCCUCAACCCGAGCACAAACCUCUACUUCGCUGACUUCUACUGCAUGUACACAGCGUAUCACUAUGUGGUGCUGGUGCUGGCCCCUGCUGGAUCGGAGGGGGACGACUUCUGCAAGACCCGGCUUCCACAGCUGGACCUUACAGCCAAUCCCUUCCUGACGUACACGGCCGGAGACGUUCCCGUGUUCAGUCACGCCAGCGAUGUGAUUCUGGAGGUGUUGUUCACAGAGCCUUUGCUUCUGGAGAACGGGAUCCUGGCUCAGAUCAGUGGCCGUCCGCAACUCAUGAGCCUCUCCACUGCCAACGCCAAAAAAGACCCGAGCUGUAAGGUGUGCAAUAUCAGCGUGGGACGCUGAACUGCACUGUGAAGAAAUAUUGUUGGUUUAACUUAAAAAAUGUGUGAAAGCAUGCUGUCAUUUAAAGUGCAACCGGAAAAAAAAUGGACCAUCACUUGCUGUGAUUUGGAAAUGGACGUUAUCAUCAGAAGCCGAACAAACAUUCACACAGUGGGAUUUGUUUUCGGAACAUGCCAAAGGUUUUCACAAAAAGAGGAAAGAAUAAAUAGUGAGAACUGAAUGAGAUCUGAUAGACUCGCCACUUGUUAUGAAACAAACCAAGCCAUGAGGCCUGUGAGUCAACGAUUCAGAGCUUAAAGGGACAGUCCACCUAAAAAUGUUUCAUCUUUUACUCAUCAUCAUGUCUUUUAAUGAAAGUCUUCUGAAGCCAUAUGAUAACUUGUAUGAGUCA